AUGGUCACAUCUUAUCAUAUCCACUAUUAUCCUGUAAAAUCUGUUGAUCACCAUACAAAAUCAAUUUUAAAUUUGAACGAACAAAAUGAAAGUACUGAUGAAACAACAACAACAACAACAACAACAACAACUAAUACAUUUGAUUUAAUAUCGCCAUCAUCAUCAUCAUUUAGACCUGUAGAUUCAUUAGAAGAGAAUGAUAUACUUCGUCCAUCUGCUUUAGAAGAAAAAAAUCGAUCAAAAAAUGAAAUUCAUCAGAUAACAUAUGCUAAUCUUUCAUCAAGUAUCACUUUUACUGAUGAUAAUGAUGAUAUUUAUGCUCAAUCAAAAUUACCUUCAGAUUAUCAAGUAUAA